AUUCUGGUCUGAUGAGACAAAGCAGCUCCUUAUUUCCACAGACAAAGCCUCUCUCUUCUUCCUGUGCUCUACCGCCCCCUGCAGGCCGCGGCCGGCUCUGCUACAAUCACACAUAAUAGGCAGUAGGAGUGGAUGAUCCUGAGCCGAGCAGUCCUCACAAGGAGCCCUCGUGCCGGAGGUGAUACCGCCCUCCUGCUGCCAAAACCUCCGCCUCCGACCUGAAACCGGAGCCGGUGUUCGGAGCGGGAUGUAUCGACCUGUGUGCGUGUAGAGUCCUCCUCAUAGACUCCCCCCCACCCCUCCAUGCGUCAGCGCCGGGUAUGGAUCAGGAAUCCGUUGUGGCGUCUGCGGGGAGUUUCAUCUCCCUGACCGAGCACGAGCAGAGGUAUUACUCAGGUCUGCACAGCCUGUGCCAAGCGGACUCCUCAGGAACACUGUCGUCCAGCACAGUGGCGGAGCUCUUCAAGGCGUCUCAGCUGCCUCCUGAAGCCCUGCAUAAAGUGACGGAGGUGUGUGGAGCAAAGCGUCUGGGCUACUUCGGUACAGCUCAGUUCUACGUGGCCCUGAAGCUGCUGGCGGCGGCUCAGUCUGGUCUGCCCGUCCACCUGGAGAGCGUAACGGCCAAUCUACCUCUGCCGAGAUUUGCUGGGCUGAAGAAUGAACCAGAGAUGAGAUAUCCAACUGCUCCUCAGAGCAUAGACGGUCAGGGGGCUCCGUCAGGUGCGGCACCUGGUUCGGUCCCCUGGACUCCAGCAGAUCGAAGCGCCUUCAGACACCAGGAGGCCAACGUGGACAAGAAGGAGGCCUGGUCCCCUCCUCGAUCACCGAGUAGCUCCCCGCCACGAUCUCCUCUCGCCUACCGCAGCUACCCGUACGCCAAGCAGAGAAAUGGGGCUGACGCACACGUCGCGUAUGAAAGCAAACAUUCCUCAAGGCCGAUUGCUCAGCUCGAGCAGCACUCCUCACCCGGAAACUACGGGGCCAAACCCGCUGUGGAGCACCCUGCUAUGGUUCGGUCCUCCUCGUCAGAAAGGCUGGAGCAGCAAGGUGUAGUGGACUACUCCGAUGACGACCCCUGGAGGAUCACAGAGGAACAGCUGGAGUAUUACACAAACCAGUUCAAGACCCUGCAGCCCGACCUGGGGUCUCUAAUCCUGGGAACCAUUGCAAAGAACUUCUUCACAAAAUCCAAGCUCCCCAUACCAGAGCUCUCUCACAUUUGGGAGCUGAGUGACGUGGACAGAGACGGGGCUCUCACCUUCUCCGAGUUCUGCACAGCGUUUCAUUUGAUUGUCGCACGCAAGAACGGUUAUCCUCUCCCAAAGAGCCUCCCUCCAACUCUACAACCAGGGUACACUCCGCAGGAUGAGGACAUACCGGAAACUCCUGAGAGUGCAGAGCCACUCAUUGUCUUUGAGGAUUCUGAGCUGAGGUCGAAUCAGAUGGAUCGGGGUAUUAGAGAGAGACUACAGCCGGGUCUGGUCACAACAAAACAAGAUGUAAAAGAAGAAACAUGUCCACAAGACGUCGGUGUGAAGAGGUUGUUGACAUCUCAGCAGAGACAGACCCUACAACUCGGUGCUUUUCCUGUGAGGCCAGAGCCGCCUCACGACCUGGACACACAGACGAGGAUGAAAACCAGACCCAGGUCCUACUCCAGCACUUCCAUCGAAGAUGCCAUGAAGAAGGCAGAAGAGCCCCCGACCCCUCCACCCCGACCCCAGAAGACUCACUCCAGAGCCUCCUCGCUCGACCUCAACAAGCUCUUCCAGCAGGGCGCUCCAGGGGUAAAAAGUGGAUGGCUGCCCGCUCCUCCAGCGCUUCCUCCCAGACCAUCAGCUACACAGGUUCCUCAUUUUAUCAACGUCCCAGAGACGGCUCCUCCGAGUAAAGUGCCGCAGCCAAACUUUGCAGACUUCAGUCACUUCAGAGAAGAGGAGGAGAGCGGUGUGAAACGUGAGGAUCAGAGUCCACGCUCCAGAUUCGGUCAAAGCACUGAAGACCUCACGAGUGCCUCCAAGCAGGAGGUGAUUGGAGUUUCUCACAGUCAAGCGCCACAGAAGCCGGUCCGCAGGAAAUACCACCCAGAGAGCCAGAACCUGGAGACCGGACCUCCUCCUGCCAUGUCGUUUCCUCCACAAACUAAACAUGCUCAGAAGCUGCAGUCCAAACAGAAGAGGGAGAUCCAGAUGGCGAUACGUAAAAACAAGGAGACCAACGCCGUGUUGACACGCCUCAACAGUGAGCUGCAACAACAACUCAAGGUGGUUCAUCAGGAGAGGGUCACCUUGGAGUCCCAGCUGGAUCUGCUGCGUCCUCUGGCCUCCACGUGACUGAUCCUGAGGUCAGCGUAGAGUCAGGUUACCCGAGGAAAUACAUCAGUGUGUGUCCAACAUGAAUGUUUGAGCCCAGUUACAGGAACUUGUUGUCUUUUGUAAAGAAAACACGGAUGAUAAAUGUAAAGAGACGAUGACAGCCAGAUGUUACUCUGUGUUGAUUUUAUGAUAUUUUGCAGGAUUAAACCAUUUAUUUUUUUUAAUCCUUGUAUGAAAUGCACGUGUACAAUAUUCAUUCUAACUUAUUUCCCUCUUUGACUUGUUUAGUUUCUGUCAUCAUUUUUACUUUGCUUACAGCUCAGCGAACAGUCUGAGCUCAUAUUCCCAUAACUCUCACUGUGUUUAUGUUCUGACUCAAUGAUGGAGACUGGAGAACUCAGUUUUUGUCAGUUUAUGUAUACAGAGCAUUUCAUGAGCAUCCAUGUGUGGUCUAAAGCAAGUGAUGGUGCUACAGUCUCUGAAUCUGUUUACUCUUUUGCACUUAAAGUCUUAAAAACUGCACGCUUGCGAGGUUGAAUUGAACUUUCAGCGUCAGAUUUCAGCCUUCACAUGAGUUUGGUUGUGAAAUCUGGAGAUUGUUGACACUGGAUUUGUUUGAAAUAAGAACAUUUUACUUGAAAUUUGAGCUCUGAUUUUUCUAUUUGUUCCCAUAAUGUCUCUUACAAUUUUGCUAACGAUCAAGCAGGUUUAAAAAACAAAAACAAAAAAACAAAGCACAACACUCAUCUUUUUUGCAGGAUAUAUUUCAAAACAGCUAAUGUAGUUUUGUUUUUAUCUAUGCAAAGAAAAGGUGGUUCUGCUGCUGAAGCUUGCUUUAGACCUUUCGUCCACACAUCCUGAUUGUUAAUGACGGUAAAUGAAGAGGUUGAAAUACUGAUGGCAUGCUUGAUUCUGCAUGUUUAUGAGCAUCAGACUGAAAACUGAACCUUAAAAAAAUGCACAACUGAUCUCUGGGCUGAAGACAAUAAUCAGACUAAUCAAUAAAGUCGUCUAUUUUUA